UCAGGGUGGGCUGCCCUGCAAGGGGGUCUCUCCAGGCCCCACAUGCUGAGCAACACCAGGAAGGAGCAACUCACGCGGACUCCUCCAGUCCCAAGGAGGGUUGUCAACUCUGGAUCUGUCCCCUGAGAAUGGAUCUGCAGUAAGGAGCCAGGGAGAAGCCCAACCCACAGUUUUCUGUAGGAAAAACACACCUGAGUGAUCACCUCUGUAAGAAAAUGGAGGGGCCAGACACCACAGCAGAGAAGGCACCAGAGGGGACAGCAAAAGCCCCUCACAUCCUCCAGGCUGGGAAUAUUGAGGAAUUCCUUCGAAGGAGACAAGGUGAUCCGAUACAUCAGCAAGCAGGGGAGGGUUUCGUCUCCCUUGCGCAAUGGGAAGCCCUGUGGCAGGAGUUCCUCAGGACAGUGGAGAACCCGCACUCUGGAUGGGGAAGCCCACAUUUGCCAGGGAAACCUUCACCCUGGGAGGAUGCCAAGGGCUUUCUUGCCUCCUUCGAGCAAGUGGCUGAAGCCUGUCAGUGGCCCAGAGAAGAGUGGGUGACCCAUCUCCUGCCAGCCCUCAGUGGAAAAACCGAGCAAGCCUUUAACAGUGUGGAUGUCAGAGACAGAGAGGAUUAUGGGAAAGUGAAGGCAGCCAUCUUGUGAGAGGACACCCUGAGCCGAGAGAAGCAGCGUGAAGCAUUCAGGUUUUUCAGAUACCAGGAGGCCGAGGGCCCACGGGGGGCUUACACUCGACUCCAGGAAAUGUGCCGUGGGUGGCUGAGAGUGGAGAAUCACAGCAAGGAGCAGAUCUUGGAGCUCUUGAUCCUGGAGCAGCUGCUGACUGUCCUGCCCCCGGAGAUCCAGAGCAGAGUGAAGGAAAGCAACCCUGAGAGCUGCUCCCAGGCAGUGGACCUGGCUGAAGAGUUGCUCUUAAGGCAGCAAGAGGCUGAGAGGCAGGAGCCUUUGGAGGAAAUGCCCAGGAGCGUCUCCGAGACAGGCCAGGGUUCACCGGAGAUUGAGCAGAGGCAGCUGUCAGUGGGCAUCAUGGAAGAGGAGAACGGAGAGGCCAGCCUGCUGGCAGGAGAUAUAGAGGAGAUGGCAAGAGAAUUCCAGGGGCUCCCACCCGAAAAAAACAAGAAUUCAGAGGCCAAAGGAAACUUCAGAGAUCAAGAUAGACCUCAGAGGCAGGAGGGAAGUCAUGCAAAGAAGAUUAGGGAUAAAUGCAUUACUUAUAAAGAACGGAGAUUCUGUGAAAUCCCAGUCCAAGUGGAAAAAUCAACCAAAAAAAGAAGGAACGAAGGCUUCUGUGCUAACCAGAGUAUCCGCUCCAGGGAAAUGAAAAACAAAAUUGCAGCUUUGGGAAAAAUCUUUGUUCAGAAAACGAACGUUGUUUCCCGGGAACAAAUUCCCUUAGGAGAGAAACCAUAUAACUGCUUGGAGGGUGGAAAGAGCUUCACUUGGAAAAUGGCCCUUACUUCACAUCAAAGAAUUAACUCUGGGGAUGGUCAGGAGAAUGAGGAGGAAGAGGAACUGCAUCAGCUGUCAUCAGAUAAAGCCAAGAACCAAGAGUUCAAAGGAAACUUCACGAAUCAAAGUAGACCAAAGAACAAGAAACGAAGCCAUAUGGUCAAGAAGGAUGAGCCCAUUCCUUGCCAAGGAGGGGAGGUCUGUGCAGGAAUUCACAUCCUGGAGGAAACUUACAAGUGCUCAAAGUGUGGAAUGAACUUCUCAGAUCAAACUCAAUAUAAUAUUCAUUUGCGAAAGCACAAUGGAAAGAAGACCCAUAAAUGCUUGGAGUGUGGAAAGAGCUUUAGACUCAGAUCAGUGCUCCUUGCGCACCAAAGAAACCAUACACGAGGAAAACCAUUUGAAUGCUCAGAUUGUGGAAAGAACUUCAGACUCAGAUCACAGCUUUUUGUACACCAAAGAACUCACACGAAGGAGAAACCGUUUGAAUGCUCAGAGUGUGGAAAGUGCUUUAGUUGGAGUGAUGAUCUUCGACGACAUCAAAGAACCCACACAGGAGAGAAACCUUUUGAAUGCUUGGAGUGUGGAAAGAAAUUCAGACAGGGUUGUCAUCUUCAACAGCAUCUAAGAACCCACACAGGAGAGAAACCUUUUGAAUGUUUACUGUGUGAAAAGAGAUUCAGUAGGACUUUCUGUCUUCAACGACAUCAGGGACUUCACACAGGGGAGAAACGUUUCGAAUGCAUAGAGUGUGGAAAGAAAUUCCGUCAGAGUCACCAUCUUCAACAACAUCUAAAAAUGCACAGUGGGGAGAAAUCUUUUGAAUGAUCAGUGUGAAAGAGAUUCAUUCGGAAAUCUAACCUUCAAUUCCAUCAAAGAAUUGACAUGAGGAAAAACCACAUUGCUACUUAGCUGUGAUAAGAGCUUAUCUCGUAUUUCAUACCUUUUAAAAAACCAACAGACUCCACACAGGGUUAAAACUAUAUAAACUCUUGGGAAAAAAUUUCAUCUGCACAGAUACCAUACCCUAACCGUAGAAACAAACAAAAAAUGAAAUGGAAGAAAUGGUAUAAAUGCUGAGAUUGUGGAAAGAGCUUUACCCGUGAUUGAAGCCUCAGUCAGAUCUCAAAGGGAAGAAAGCAACCGUGUUCUUGAUGGUGGAAGGAGCUUCAAGGCCCGCUCUGCCCUCUUUAACCGUCAAGGAAACCACAGGGGAGAAAUCUCGUAAAUGCUCAGUAUGUGGCAAGAGCUUGAGGCAGAGACCAGACCUUCGUUUUCGUCAGAGAACCUACCCAAGAGUGAAAUUUUCCUCUUGAACCAUCACACUAUAGUUGGUUUUGAUGAGGCUGUUGCCCAGGCAUCAAAGGCUCGGAAAGUAAUUACGCAAAGAAGGGCUUUUUUAGUGACUGCUUUUCUCUGUAAAACUCUUUGCUUAAGGAAACAUUUUUCUGAUAUCUGCAAAACUGGCAAAAACAUUCCUAUUUUACGAAUCUUGUGAAGAAAUAGUAGAGGAUAGCAGAUAUCUAAGCCUCUCUAUUAAUGAUAUAAAUGUAGCGUGAACAAAGGGCUUCCAUAACUUACAAACAACAUUUUAUGUGACAAAGAGUUCUAAAGAGACAUCUCCUAGCUCUAACCCACCCCCCUAGUCCAGCCUGCUGUGAGCUUUUCAGGGUCUCACCACUUGAAGUCCAAAGAGUUCUGGCAGUGGGGUUAACUUGGGUCGAAAGGAAAGCUUGUAGUUUCUCCCCCCCCCUCAAGAACUCAAAGGGGUAACAAGUUCAAGUUCAGUAAGUUCAAAGGCCCUAACAAGAUACAGUAUUGUGGAAAUGGGCAGGUAUCUUUGGAGUUGGCAAGCGAAUAUUGUGGGUCACGACCUCCCCAAUACCAGUUGGCCCCACCCCCAUAUUCUCCUAGAGAACAUCCGGAUAGAGAAGAAAAAUCUGCUGCUGCUCUGAACCCCCUUGGGCUCCGUCAGCCAGAAAUGAGCUAGUCUAAGCAUUGGGGGAGGGGACAAGCAUUCUCACCCAGUGAUUUAUGGAAGGGCCAGGAUUUCCUCACUUCUGACUCCUCACAGGCCCCUUGAAUUCCUCCAUGGAGACUGUACCUUUCUGGAGCAGGCUGAGACAAUUCUCUUUUCAUCCCCCUCAUUUAGUUUGGAAAGGUAUCUAAGAGACGAAUUCCACGAGGAGGAGCACGUGAAGGGAGUCGCACAUCGCAAUGUGAGCUGGGAAGCUGAGUUAGAUUGGAAGGCUUUGUCAAUUUCCCCUCCCUACAGAGCCAGGAAGAUAGAAGGUUUGUGUAUUUCCUCUUGGCCUCCUAGAAGAGGAGGUGAAACUGACAGAGCCUUAGGGAGGCAAAGAGGAAAUUAACAAACCCUCUGAGCUCCAUAGAGAGGAGUGACAAAGCCUUCCCGUCUCUUUUAAAACUCAGCUUCCUGGCAAACAUUGCAACUCCCGUCACGUGCUCCUCCCCAUAUAAUUUGUCUCUAAGGUAGGGUUUCUACCAUCCGGAGUCAAAAAAAUAUCCUGCGUUUUCAUAGAGGCUCAAUGGGUGGAAAAGGGCUGUUGAAACUUUUUGUGACUUAGAGGUAAAUAACAUCCUGUUAAGCCUCUGUUAAAGGGGAAGGACCCCUUUUUUCCUCCAAGCGAAUCCUUAAUUGGGGGUUUCUUUAUCAAUUUGAGAAAACAAAACUCAGCUUAGGAAGGGUAAGAAGUUAGUGAAGAGAUUAAUAUUUUAUAAGAUACUUCAGAAUGUGUGUUUUCCUCUCUGUGCUUUUUGGCAUUUUAAUUAGUUGGAUUUAAUUAAGCAUCUAAAAG